AUGAGAGUAUUCCAGGCAAAUGUGCAUAGAAGUCGUACAGCAGACGCUCUGCUCGAACAAAUAGCUAUCGAGAGGGAGCUAGAUGCGGUCAUCUUCAGCGAGCAGUACGGACGGAUUGCCAAGGGAACCUGGUUCGAAGACGAAACAAGAACUGUCACACUCUUGGUACCAAGCGGUAGCGCAGUCGCCGUCACACAGCACGGAGACGGUCGUUGCUGCACAUACAUUCAAAAUAAACGCUUCACACUGCUAAGCUGCUACCUUAUCCCCAGCGACAGUAUUGAACAGUUUAGAAUGAAACUGGACCUAAUUGAUGACAAGGUUCUCGAAAUAGGUGGCCCCUUCAUCGUAGCCGCAGAUUUCAACGCCAAGGCUGUCGAGUUGGGCGCCCCUACUACGAACACACGGGGAAGAAAUGUACUAGACAUGGCUGCCAGACUGGGGCUUGUAGUGGCAAACACAGGAAACGCCACUAGGAGACCAGGAUGUGAACACACCACGCCGGAUAUCACCCUAGUGACUGAUAGUCUGGCUGGGGCAAUCAACGGGUGGGAAGUUCUGGAAGAAUAUACUGGAAGUGACCAUCAGUAUAUCACAUUCCGGAUCAGUGCGAGAACUGACCCUACCCCAACAUCUAUAAUAAAGGGUGCGCGCAAAUGGAACAUGGCCAAAAUGAAUACUGAAGCGUUUCUAGCUCGCUUUGAUGCAAAUUCCAUGCCGCACAUAAGUGGUGACGCUGGCUCGCUUGCAAGCGGCAUGAUGCAGCGCAUUGCCAAAAGCUGUGACGCACCGGCACCCUGCGCCGGGUUACGCUCAAGAAGACGACCUGUGUACUGGUGGACGUCAGAAAUCGCAGACCUCAGAAAAACCUGCUUCCGUAAUAGAAGAAGGUACACCAGAGCCAGACGAAACAGAGAAGCAGAGGCGGAAGUAGCUGAUUUCAGACAAUCCCGAAAAGCGCUGAAGCAAGCAAUCAUUGCCAGUAAGAAGGCAAAAUGGGAUGAACUUCGCAACCCUUGGGGCCUGGGCUAUAAAAUUUUAACGGGGAAGCUAAAUGCCAACUCCACAGCCGUACAUCUAGACAGUGAUGCUAUCAGCAAAAUAGUGGGCAGACUGUUACCCACGCACCCUAUGCUGUGCGGGAACCGAGACCCUCAAGGUGACGAGAUGUUCCCACCCUUCACCGAGGAAGAGCCUAAAACCGCGGCAAGAAGCCUCAAAAGAAACAAAGCUCCAGGCCCAGAUGGAGUCCCAGCUGAAGCACUCAAACUUGUGGCUGAAAGCAGAUCAGAUGUGAUGUUUUACGUUUACAACAAAGCAUCUUCCCUAAGCUGUGAAAAAUACAGAAACUGA